GAGGAGGUUCACGGAGAGUUCAGCCGCAUACAUUAGGUAAUACCACCGCACGCCGUGACAUAACUAGUGCGGAGCAUGUGAAGUUUAGGCAUUUAUCAAUGAAAAAGUGAAGAUAAGAACAAAUCGUUCAGUAAACUUUGUUAUGCAAAACAACCCGCAGACCUGGAUGCGUGGAAGCGCGCGGACUUCAUUGCGCACGCGGCGCGCCAACAGUUUGUGAGCUGCGGUGGAAGAAAUUAAAGGUCUGUUCCGGCGCGCGCACGCCCCUCAUGGUGUGAUGAUCCUGCUGCCUGGUCUGCUGUUAAACAACCGGUUGUAAACUAUAAACCUGGCAAAAGCGGACUGAAAGUGGUUAUUCUCAGGAGGAACUCCUUUUUGUUCUUCUUCUAUCUUCCAUGUGGAGGACAUCCUCUCCAGCAGGACUCCUCUGGCCAGGUCAUGUUUGACUUCAUGGAAUUUCAGGUUUUCGCUCCAGGAGAAAUCAUAGAUUUUUACUCGGCUUCCAGUCCUGGCUGCGCGCUGCAGGAUCUGGACCAGGACCAGGAUUUGGCAGCAUUCUUCCCAGAGCUCAUUGGGUCGGGCUGGCCGGAGCAUCGCUGCUCGCAAUCAGUGGAAAGCCAGAGCUCAACCUCCAGCUCUAGCUUGGACGACCUAUUUGCCAGCCCACCCUCCCCACCUCCACCUCCGCGCACAUACAAGCCCUGUUUUGUGUGUCAGGAUAAGUCCUCGGGCUACCACUAUGGAGUCAGCGCCUGUGAGGGCUGCAAGGGUUUCUUUCGCCGCAGUGUGCAGAAAAACAUGGUCUACACCUGUCAUCGUGACAGAAACUGUAUCAUCAACAAGAUCACCAGGAACCGCUGUCAGUACUGCCGCCUGCAGAAGUGCUUUGCUGUGGGAAUGUCCAAAGAGUCGGUGAGAAACGACAGAAAUAGAAGAAAGGGGAAGAAGGAAGCGGUAAAGAUGACCAUCAUGGAGACGUACGAGCUGACAGCAGAGCUUGGACUGAUCGUGGAGAAGAUCUGCAGAGCUCAUAGAGAGACAUUCCCUUCCCUCUGCCAGCUGGGAAAAUACACCACUGUGAGUAAUUCUAGUUCAGACCACCGGAUUCAGCUGGACCUCGGCCUGUGGGACAAAUUCAGCGAGCUCGCCACUAAGUGCAUCAUCAAGGUGGUGGAGUUUGCCAAGAGAGUGCCGGGCUUCACAGGCCUAACAAUCGCUGAUCAGAUCACUCUGCUCAAAGCCGCUUGCCUUGACAUCCUGAUACUUAGGAUUUGCACUCGCUACACUCCUGACCAGGACACCAUGACCUUUUCUGAUGGACUGACUCUGACCCGCACUCAAAUCCACAAUGCAGGGUUCGGACCGCUGACGGAUCAGGUUUUCACAUUUGCUGGACAGCUGCUGCCUCUGGAGAUGGACGAGACAGAGAGCGGGCUCCUCAGUGCUAUCUGCCUCGUGUCCGGAGAUCGGCAGGACCUGGAGGAACCUUCUAAAGUGGAGGUGCUGCAAGAACCACUGUUGGAGGCGUUGAAGAUCUACUCGCGGAAGCGACGACCCAGCAUGCCCCUCAUGUUCCCCAAAGCCCUAAUGAAGAUCACUGACCUUCGUAGCAUCAGUGCUAAAGGAGCUGAGCGGGUGGUGACAUUGAAGAUGGAGAUCCCAGGCUCCAUGCCUCCUUUGAUUGAAGAGAUGAUGGAGGAUCUGCAGAACCUGGAGAGAAGCCAGCACUCACACACCAUCUCCUCCCACUCUCAGCGUACAAACCAUCCUUGUCUCCCAGUCUGAAGCUGCCCGGAGAACUUUUCUUCCUUCCGAGAGAGAUUACUAAUGAUUUAAGUGCAGAUGCAGUUUGGACGGUCACUAGUGCUUCAGAGUUUGAGUUAGAUCUUGAGACAUAUAAAAUGAGAUUCAGCUGUCAGAUUAACAACA